UUCAACCAAUCAACAGACAUAAAAAAGUCGAAAUGUAUUAUUAUUUUACGUUUUUUGAGUUCUACACUACAAAUUGAUUUUCCACCUUGAUUUGUAUUGUUAUUGUUACAUUUCUGCCAUUUCGGAAUGAUACACGAUGCUCUACUGGUCCUUUGGGAUUGCACUCAAUCCACACAGCAAACUAACACUGAUGCAUACACAAACCAGGGUGAUGCGGAAGUAUACGCUAGGAUUUGUGAAGUUGGCAAAGCCCAUCACAAAAUACAAAACUUCAUAGCAACUACUGGUUUUCAUGCUCGGAAGAUAAAGUCAGGAUCCACUACUAGAUCAAACGGUCUCUAUACGCAAGCUUUGAGCGAAGGCAUGGCCGAAGUGCUCCAGUCUUACAAGAAGACCUUAGUAGAGGUUGAAGCUCUGGUCAUUGGCAAUCACAACUACACACUAUCAUUCAUAUACAGUUAUGUUGAGAAGUACAGAGGACUAUUCAAUACGUUGAAUAGAAUUAUCAUUACUAUUAAAGAAAGAAGACUUGAUGGCUGUCAAAUACUGAGCUUGAUUCACCAGUACAUAUUGAACGGGAAUGAAAUGGUGCAUAAGAAUAUUGUUAAAAUAUUCUGUUACAUCAAUAAAGUAUUCAUAAACCAGCUGUGCACUUGGUUACUGUAUGGAGAAUUGAAAGAUCCUUAUGAAGAGUUCUUCAUAUUCAACAUAAAGAAGAGUGGCUCUGACACUUUGAUAUCAUCGCCUUCUACUACUAAUACUUGUGAAAAAUCACUUGUAUCCACUUUGCAAGACACAUCAAUAGAAUGUGGAUACAACAUAAACCCAAACAUGAUACCAUACUUCAUGCCUCUGUCGUUAGCUCAAGAGAUAUUGUUCAUUGGCAAGACUGUCAUACUGUUUGGUUUCGACCCACGCAAAGUGAAGAGAAGUAGCAGUUUUCUCAACAAAUCUAUGUUGCCAUUACAGAAAAUUGGUACGGAUUCUAGGAGAUUCACGAUAUGGGAAGAAAAGGAAGCAGAGUUUCAUGAAAAAUUACAAAAGUUAAAGACCCCUGAGACAUUGGAGGUCUGCCACUUAAGAGUUGUGGUCAGAGAGAUCAAGGAAUGUGUCACCAAGCAUCUCUGGACAGUAGCGGUGGAGGAGGCACAUCUGAUCCACGAGUUGAAGCUGAUGAAAGACUUCUACCUGCUGGGCCGCGGCGAACUUUUCCUAGAACUACUAAGACUUACCGCGCAUAUACUGGACAAGCCUACCGCACGGACUGGGACUAGAGACAUGAACCACGCGUUCCAGCUGGCGGCGCGAGCUGUGUUUCUCGCCAACAAUGCGGACAUUGAGAAGUUCAGCUUCGAACUCCCGUACGUCAAGCCCAACAUCUCAUUGAAUUCCACCGCUGAGGAAGACAGCAGCAUAGUGGCCGACGGCUGGUCUAGUAUAAUCCUGAAGUACGACUUCAAGUGGCCCCUACACCUGCUGUUCACCCCGGAAGUGCUAGCGCGAUAUAACGACAUGUUCCGCCUACUGCUCCGGAUUAAGAAGACUCAGCACGAUCUUCAUAUGCUGUGGAUGACUUAUAAACAGUCUACCAGUUUCUCAAUGUGCCAACUCCACAACAAGUUGAUGUUCCUGAUGGACAACCUACAGCAUUACAUGCAAGCCGACGUGCUCGAGACAAACUUCUCGAGAUUCAUGGACGCGGUCAACAAGACCAACGACUUCGAGAAACUUAAGAAAGCACACGCAGAGUUCUUGGCGGAUGUGCUUAGUCAGUCGUUCUUGACGGUUACCUCUUCUUCGUCUGGAGAGAGCGACUACUCAGAGACGGACUCAAUCAACAACCCUGUGUUCUGCAACAUCAUGGAGCUCAUCAAACUGUGCCACUCCUUCUGCAGCAUGAGGGAGGUUGCUUCCGAUAAGGAAGCCGAAAAUUACUAUAUACGAGGAUACUCUGAUAGAUUCAACAAGCUAGUGAAGCAGUUGAUGCAACUCCUGGUGUCCCUUCGCGACCGUCCGUGCGGCGUGUACCUGGCGCGCUUGCUGAUGAGACUGGACUACAACCGGUGGCUCAGCGGCGAGGCUCAACUAACACAGUCAGUUACUAACAUGCUUCGGUAUUGAAGGAAGAUUGAGGAUAAGUAAUGAAGGAGGAAGCUUUUGUAAUUCAGCCAGUUUUGUGGUGUGGCAUUGAAUUUUUUUUU